AUGAAGAUUGUGUCGACUUUCCAUCCUUCGUCGUCUGUUCUCUCCUCUGCCAAGUGUCGGCUGUCAGAGCGAAACCUAGAGCAUCUGGUGGUUGCGAAACUCAACAGACUCGAUGUCUACUCUUUGAGACCACACGGUUUGCAACACGAAUGCGGCGUUGACGUGUGGGGAAAGAUAUGCUCUGUCAAGGCGCUUCCUAUCUCGGAAUACGACGGAAGAUCUAAUAUUGUGGUUAUGAUAGCCCAUCCUGAACCUGAGCUGAUAAUUCUAUCUUAUGCGGACUCAGAAGGUGCGACGCCAGAGUUGAAGGUCAAGAAACAGAUCCCCCUCUUUGAAAGAUCUCCUCGGCUCGCAGAAUUCUUCACCGACUUCCUCAUUCAUCCUUCCGGAAAUUUGGCGGUGGUUAGCUGUUAUACCGGCAAACUCAAGAUUAUCACUCUCAAAGGAGGUGCUUAUCAGAAUGACUUUGAUGUUUCGCUACCUGAGCUCAACGUAUUCUCCCUCGCCUUCCUUCCCAACGCAGAUGAAGAUUACACGUUAGGAAUCUUAUAUCUCGAUAUUCAAGGCUGCCUACAGCUCUGCGCGCGCGAUAUCGACACAGAAAACCAGGAAGUCUCUUCCCAGCACUCGACGCUGUUGCAAUCUACCUGGAUAUCCGAGAAAGUCAUUCCUUUUCCGAAAGACUCGCCACCGCAACUGAUAGUAGUGAAUUCGGAUGUAUCUGCGGGUGGUGGAAGUGACAAAGAUGCGUUCUCUGGAGGUGUGUUGGUAGUCGGAGGAAGGCAGAUUCUGCUCUACGAAUUUGCCUCGAAGGACAGUCAAGAAAAGCAGAGGGGCAAACGAAAGCGGUUGGAAAUCAAGAAGAAAAGUUUAGACCCUUCAGAAUCGUCCAAAGCCAGGGCCAAAGAGCGAGAACGAGAAAGCAGAAGGAGGAAACCAACAGCUUCAGUCGAGUGGCCAUGGAGUGAAGUCACUUCGUGGUGCAAUAUUGACCAAGAUACAUCGCGUAUCUUGAUUGGGGAUUCCUUCGGCCGGUUGUCGUUACUAUCGUUAAGCAAUGUCAACCAGCUAGGAAUGAUUCUCGUCCCUCUCGGAGAGGCAUCCUCACCUACAACCCUAACAUAUCUCACCAACCAAAUCGUUUACCUAGGGUCACAUCUUGGAGAUUCACAGCUACUUCAAAUUUCACAGUCAGCCACUUCUGGCCAAGAGUCACCCCUCCUCGUCAUGCCUCCGGAAACCAAAACUGUCUCGCCAGGGAGCUUGUCCAAUGUUCCGUCGAAGAAGGGUAAAGAGAAAGCGCCUACCCAAGACGACAUGGAAGUCGAUGACGAUCACGCAGACGAGUACUCCAAAGGCCGAGUGGUUGACCCAGAGGGCUCUUUUAUCUCUGUUUUAGAGUCCUAUAAGAGCAUUGCACCCAUCAUGGAUGCAGUCCUCGUGGACACUGAUGGGAGCGGACAGAACCAAAUCGUUACUUGUAGUGGUGGCUCAAAUACUGGUUCUAUCAACAUCGUCCGCAAUGGGGCAGAUUUCAAGGAACUGGCUUUCGUAGCGGGAUUGACCGACGUCCUUGGAGUGUGGCCGGUUCGAUCUAUGUACAAGGACGCAGUGGAUUCCCACUUAUUUGUCUCGACCGCUAAUGGGAGCCAUCUAUUCCGAAUCAAUGACCUAGGAAGCAACAUUUCGUUUGAACAGAUGCCAUCUAGCGGACUCACGAUAAACAAGCCCACCUUGGCAUUUUCUAACUUAUCGAAGAGGGAGAGAAUGGAGUACAUCGACUCGUCGCUGGUUGUCCAAGUCUUGCAGAACGGCGCCUUCUUCUUUGAGUGGUCGUCGACGACGAAUACCUACGAGGAAAAGGCACGCUGGAUGCCACCUGAGCGGCCGCAAAAGCCAACUCCGGAAAUUGUUGCCGCAGACAUCAAUGCUAGCCAAGUCGCACUGGCACUCAGUGGCGGUAUCGUCGUGGUGCUUAAUAUCGAGAGUGAUACCACUAAUCUGAGGGUGGUUAUUAACCAUGUUACAGGUUCUGAGAUAUCUGCCAUCACAAUUCAUCCUUUGAACACGCAGAAGUCAUUCUCAACUCAGCUUGCGGUCGCCUAUUGGACCAGGAAUAUUGUUGAAAUAUUCAAGAUCACUCGCGACGGUCUACAAUCCACUGACAGUGGCAAAUCGCCUCAGCUGCCUGCAAUCGUUCGCUCACUCAUGUUGUACAACUUCGGCACGGACAAGUCGCCUGGGCCCGACCAUCACCCAUACCUGCUCGCAGGACUUGGUGAUGGGUCAGUCGCAACAAUGUCGUGGAAAACAGGGGCUUUGACCGACCGGAAGGUCAUUUCCCUGGGGUGUGCACCGGUUCAUCUGUCGCCGUGCAUAGUAGAUGGAAGGAAGUCAGUCUUCGCGGCCGGAAAUAGGGCCACAAUUUUCUAUUGCGAGAAAGGACGCCUUGCGAAUUCUCCGAUUAUGUUGAAGGAAAUAACCUCAUUGUGUUCCUUAAACGCGAUUUCAUUCCCUUCCUCGCUAGUCCUCGCUGGAGCGACCGGAUUAUUCAUAGGAAACGUCAAGGAUUUAAACAAGAUGCACAUACGAUCGGCCUCCUUUGGCCUCGAUAAUCCGCGCAGAAUUGUUCAUGAACCCUCGCUCAAAGCCCUUGGGGUGGCUUUCACUAGGAUCGAACCUUCAAGGAUUGGCAAUUAUGAAGCAUCUGCGAGUUUGUUCCGACUGUUGGAUGACAACACCCUCGCUGUACUUGGACAGUACAGAUGUGAGCUUGACGAAGAAAUAGUGUCCUUAACGACUUUCACUGCGGCGGUCGGAGAUCAGAAGAAACCAUUUUUUUGCCUGGGGACAUUGAUCUACAAUGCAGAGGAGAAUGAGACAUCAGCUGGAAGGCUUCUGAUAUUCACUGUCACCAUAGCUUCUGGAAAACAAUCGGCAAUGGAGCUUUCCCUGGUGACGACUGUCGACGUCAAUGGGUGUGUUUUUGCUCUUAGGACAGUGGAAGAGAGGGUCGUGGCUGCUGUCAAUUCUUCGAUCCUUCUUUAUCGUUUAGAAGUCUCUGAAGAAGAGACCCCUGCCCCAACAUUUGCCUUCAAGAAACUUGCGGAAUGGAACCAUAACUACAUGGUGACGAGCUUGAGCUCUUUUGACGAUCACAUUGGGGCAGGAGACCAGAUCUCUUCCGUGUCGUUGCUGAAAGUCGUGGACAAGAGGUUGAUAUCUAUGGCUCGAGACUAUGGGCCACUCUAUCCAAUGGCAGUCGAAGCAUUAAGCACAAAGAGUUUGAUUUGCGCCAACGAUACGCUUAAUAUCAUCGUGUUCGAGCUUACAAAAAAUGUACGCGGAGAGGCGCUGGAGCAGGUUGGAAAUUAUCAUCUUGCCGACAUGGUCUCGAAGUUCAUUCGUGGUUCGCUGUCAAGUAUCGACUCGACGAAAGCACCUCUGCUCGUGCCAGAGACUCUCUACUUCACAUCUUCAGGGCGGAUCGGCAUGAUCAUUGAUGUGAAAGACCGCGACUUUGCUUUGCACUUGACUGAGUUGCAGAGGAACUUGGGUGCUGCAUUGUUGGGGGUGGGAGGGGUUAGUCAUGCCAGAUAUCGAGCGCCAAAGAACACGAAAGGGAUAAGUGACGGAGACAAUGCCGCUUUUGGCUUCGUCGAUGGCGAUUUCUUGGAGCGGUAUCUCGACGUAGUCAACCAGCCCGAGAAGCUAAUGUGUGUUAUGAAAGGAAGUAGUGUCCCGGAAGAGUUGAAGCUGUCUCAAGACGAGAUCGUGAAGGUCCUGGAGGAGUUGCAGAGCUUGCAUUGA